AUGGAGCCUAAUCCGGGCAAAUACCAGUAUCGUCCACUGUCCCCAGGGCCCAACAGCAUCCGAAUGCUCCGUCUCCUCUCAGAUCCUGACUCUACUGCCCAGAUCCACUGCCAGUUGUUCAACUAUUCCCUUUCUGAGACUCGCAGAGGGACACACCUGUACGAAGCAUUAUCUUACGUAUGGGGGGAUACCGCGAAGCCCCAGUCUAUCUUCAUAGACGGUCGGUCUCUCGCCGUGACUGCGAAUUUGCACGCCGCGCUGCUGCAUCUCCGGGAUCCUGUAAUUGACCGCGUCAUGUGGAUCGACGCGAUCUGCAUUAACCAGGACGAUUUGGAGGAGCGCGGUUCCCAGGUCCAGCUUAUGGCGCGGAUUUACACCAAGGCGGACCGCGUGGUUGUUUGGCUGGGCCAGGCGGCGGAGCAUAGCGAUGUGGCGAUGGAGGCGAUUCGUGCGGCUGCCAGCCGGGAGAAUGUCCCCAAGUACGACGUGCCUUUGGGAGAAGGCAUCCAGGAAGUGCUGGGGCGGCCGUGGUUCAGACGGAUCUGGGUACUUCAGGAAGUGGCCGCAGCUCGGCAGAUUCGGCUUCACUGCGGAUUCGCAGAACUCGACGGGUAUACCUUCUGUGACGGGUUGAGCCUCUUAAGCCAGCAAUUCGCUCACCUCCUGCACCUGCAUCGGGUGGUGGACCCGGUGAUCUACCUGAUGAAAGGUGCAAUUUUCCGACGUAAGACAGUACAAAGCUCUGGAGUGUCCAGGGUGGCUCUGAAUAUACGCCCGCUAGGCGAGCUGGUUGAAAUGUACCACGGACACGAAGCAACCGAGCGUCACGACAAAAUCUUUGCGCUGUUGGGUAUGAGCUCCGACGAUCCCAUUGCAGCCGGCUUGCUUCCCGAUUAUAAGGCUCCAUGGGAGGAAACCCUCGCUCGGCUGGUGAAUUUCUUAUUCGGCCACCAGAUUAUAGUACACACAGGGGCGGACCGAGAGUUGGCAGUCAUCCAAGGCAAAGGAGUUCUCAUUGGAAAGGUGUCCGAAGUCAGUGGCAAUAAUGGGGAAGACGAGCAGAAUGUAAAGAUCGCUUCGACGACACCAUCUGCACGUAGUAUUAAGCUCUCCGUCCGGAGACUGCCAAAUCCUAUUCGAGUAGGAGAUUUUGUGACUCUGCUUACGGGUGCAUCCAAGCCGACGAUAAUCAGACCGUGCAGGGAUCACUUUGCUAUCGUACGGGCGCAGAUAUCUCUCGAGUUGCAGAGCGCCGCCAGUCCCACCUUGCAUAACUUCUUGCUGAUCUGGGACUGGGAAGGUUUUCCGUCACCGUCAACGGAGGGCUUUGAAUACCAAAGGCUGGUGGGAUCAAUCCCGUUUUCGGAUACGACCUAUUCGUUGGGGAUGGAUCGCCUGUGGCAUAUGGCGCUGGUAUUGGACGAAGCGCAGGAACAUAGGAUGGCGAGUACACGACUCAGUGGCACAGUCACGGCCCACAUCAAGGAGUUGGGAGAGGCGCAUCUUCGCACAUUGACAUGUAUGCACAAAGCUGCUGUGGUUUACAUAAAGGCAGACGAGCUUGCCAAAGUGGAAACACUGUUCGAGCGAGUCAUAGCACUGUCAAUGCGGAGACAAGAGCUGGAUCAAAUAACACUCAGCAGUCUUUCGGAGCUUGCGGUUCUCUAUGUAAUGCAAGGCCGGGGACGGGAGGUGCGGAGGCUGCGGUGGAUGGAAAAGAUCAUCAACCUGAUACGAAAUGGCACGCAAACCAUGGAUGAGAUUAUGGUCCACGCAACACAGGUACUUGACAAGGAAAGCAUGACUCUUGUCUUUGACCUAGCAGGGAACGACAUCCAAGUCACAUCUGACAUGCUCAUAUUGAUAGCUAAGGAUCCCAACGGGGUCGAAAUAAUGCAGCUUGUCAUCGACCGUCAAGGAAGCGACAUAAAGAUCACAGACGAUGUGGUCGCUGCAGCAGCGCGGAAUUCGAGUGGUGGGGAAGCAAUCAUGAAGCUGCUGCUUGACCAAAGGGAAGAUGAAGUCCGCGGUUCUGAAAACGUUCUUAUUGCUGCUGCUGCGAAUAGCAUCAGCGGCUGUGAAAUCAUCAGGCUUCUUCUUAGCCGGAAAGCAGAUGAAAUAGUCGUCACGGGAGCGGUAGUCUCCGAAGCUGGGCAGAAUGCAGCCGAGGAGUUCUUGACGCUUCUUUUCAGUCAGGGAUAUCCCAGAGUCAAGUUCACAACUGGUGCCAUCGCCCAGAUUGCGAGGCAUUUUGACCAUGAGGUCAUGAUGAUGUUACUUGAGCGGGAAGGGGAGAGGCUGCGCCCUACGGCCGACAUACUCGUCGCAGCAGCUGGGAGCCACUACGGAAGGAGUGUAUUGAAGGUCCUCCUUGAUAACCGAGGCAACGAUAUACAGAUCACCGAAGAUGUUAUUGUUGCGGCCAUCGGUAGUAGACACGCCGAAAGCGUCGUACAGCUGCUCUUGGAUCGAAAAGCACAAGAGGUGGAGCUCUCCAAACCAGUCAUUGUUGCAGCCGCCAAAUCAUGGUCUGGAAAGAAAGUGAUGAAACUUCUCCUUCGAGCAAAGGCAAGUCAAGUUGGCUCUGCUCAUCACAUAGUGCUUGAGAUUACAAAGCAUUUCGAUGUCGAGAUCAUGUCGCUGGUGCUUGAUGCCGUGGGUGGAAGAAUUGAAAUUACUGGCGGCAUGGUCUCUGCUACUGUUGGUAACACGAGUGGGGAGGAAAUCCUUCGCCUGUUCUUCCAUCGCAGAAGAAAUAAAGUGCGAGUUUCAGAGGAUGCUGUCGUGCAGGUCGCACUGUCAUGUACCCAUGAAAUGAUGAGAUUUCUGCUCGAUCGAAUGCAGGACAAGAUCGAGAUCACCGAUCAACUGCUCAUCGCCGCUGCGAGAAAUAAGCACGGGACUGCAAUGUUGAGACUGCUGCUCGAUCGAGCAGACAAGGGCAAUAUCAGUGAUGAACUGGCAAUAGCAGUGAUCAGACAGGGGGCAGAUGAACUGAAACUACUUCUCGACAAACGAGAGCAGAGGAUCCAUGUUACCGAGGGCAUGCUGGUAGCAGCAGCUGGACACUGGUAUGCGAAGGAGAUGCUCCGACUUCUCUUCGACAAAACGCCAGGAGAACUUGAGAUCACUGAGAAAGUGGUGAUCGCAGCCGCUGGAAACAAGCGUGGCAAGGACGCGAUGCAGCUGUUGAUAAAUAAGGUACCUGAUAGUGUCCAGCUCACUAAGAAUGUCGCCGCUGCUGCUGCCAGGAACAGGCAUGGGGAGGAUAUCGUCCACCUCCUGCGCAGUCAUGACGGCGGAAUGGCCACUUGA